CGGAGAGCGGCUGUCCGUGGUGCUGAUGGGAGGACUGAUGAUGCUCUCCGGCUCCGUGCAGCCGCUACUGCGCAUGUUGCAUGACAGGUACCACGCAAGCCUCCAUCUUGGGCUUCCCGGGCUGAGGCGAAAGGGCAGCAGCCAUAUACACAUUGAUUCCAAAAUAACAACAAACCGAGCGCGGUGAUAAAUAACAAAAAUUGGCAAUUUGCCGAGAUGCAACUUUUCCAACAAAAUCAAUUAAACAAAUUGCUUCAGUGGAGCGAGCAGAACUACAGCAUGGGAAAGAAAGACAGCGACUGGUCUGGAAGGCUCUGUUAACGGCUGUUUGCACCGUCAGCGUCACUUACUCUAGUUUUCUAAAGGAUUGACAGGUGAGAAAGCCACACGACUCAUCUCUCACCAGAAUGGGCAUCAAGAAGCUCGCCAUCUUUCUCCUGGUCCUCUCUCUUUGUCUAGAGGGAGGAUCUGCCAAAGAAAAAGGAACAAGGAAGGGAAAGAAAAAAGGGAAGCAGGUUUUCUGUCCAUCAGAGCUGUCAUCUGAGGAUCUGGCACGAGUCCCUGAAAAUACAACCAGUAACAUCUUGAACAGGUUACUGCUCACCUAUGAUCCCAGAAUAAGGCCUAACUUCAAAGGAAUUCCAGUGGAAGACAGAGUGAACAUUUUCAUCAACAGUUUUGGCUCCAUCCAAGAAACGACCAUGGAUUACAGAGUCAACAUCUUCCUGCGGCAGCGCUGGAACGACCCGAGGCUGAAGCUACCGCAGGACUUCAAGUCUGACUCUCUCACCGUUGAUCCCACGAUGUUCAAAUGUCUCUGGAAACCUGACCUGUUCUUCGCUAACGAGAAGAGCGCAAACUUUCAUGAAGUUACCCAGGAUAACCUUCUCCUCUUCAUUUUCCGUAAUGGAGACGUCCUCAUCAGCAUGAGGUUGUCCGUCACCCUUUCCUGUCCGCUGGAUCUGGCAUUGUUCCCGAUGGACACACAAAGGUGUAAGAUGCAACUUGAAAGCUUUGGCUACACCACAGACGACCUGCAGUUUAUGUGGCAGACAGGAGACCCGGUGCAAAUGGAUGCCAUCGCUCUGCCACAGUUUGAUAUCAGACAGGAAGAUAUUGAUUAUGGGAACUGCACCAAAUUCUACUCAGGAACAGGGUACUACACUUGCGUAGAGGUUAUCUUCACCCUACGGCGACAGGUUGGCUUCUACAUGAUGGGUGUUUACGCCCCCACGCUGCUCAUCGUAGUCCUCUCUUGGCUGUCCUUCUGGAUCAACCCUGAUGCGAGUGCUGCCAGGGUGCCUUUGGGCAUCCUCUCGGUGCUCUCUCUGUCCUCUGAGUGCACCUCCCUGGCUUCGGAGCUGCCCAAAGUGUCCUACGUCAAGGCCAUCGACAUCUGGCUUAUCGCUUGCCUGCUGUUUGGUUUCGCCUCGCUGGUGGAGUACGCCGUGGUCCAAGUGAUGCUUAACAGCCCGAAGCGCAUUGAGGCCGAGAAGGCCAAGAUAGCGGCCAAGGAGAAGGCUGCGGGAAAGAGCCCCACUGCCAAGAACAACACGGUGAACGGGACCGGAGGGACGCCGCUUCAUGUCAGCACCUUGCACGUCAGUGCAUCGGGUUUGAUAACUAAAGUGGUGGAGACUCGCUGCAAGAAGGUGUGCACUUCUAAAUCCGACCUGCGGACCAACGACUUCAGCAUCGUGGGCUCGCUCCCGCGGGACUUUGAGCUGUCAAACUUUGACUGCUACGGGAAGCCCAUUGAUAUCGCCAGUGCUCGCGCCAAAGCCAUGGCCAAGAACAACAAGAGACCUCCUCCCCCGAAACCAGUCAUCCCCUCCGCUGCCAAAAGGGUCGACCUGUACGCCCGCGCCCUCUUUCCUUUCUCCUUCCUCUUCUUCAACGUGGUUUAUUGGUCCGUAUACUUGUGAUUAUUUCCAAAUGACUUUGUAUCGUCGACUCCCUUCUCUCCCCCACGAGUUCUUUGUUGAUCUGAUUACAAAAAGUGUAAUCCCAAAGUGAACAUUGAGUGCGUUUACAUGCACACAGUUCCCAGGUUUUCAGUCUUAUCCUGUUUUUUACUGUAUUCAGGAUCUAGCAUUUACAAGGAACAUGAAAAUCCUGCUUAUUAAUCAUUGAUCAUUACACUAUCCAGGUUUCUGAUCGACUGCCAGCAGGUGUUCUGACCUCAGCCACUGUGUUCUAUACCGACAAAGAUCGCCUACAAACUUGGAUAAGGCGUUUAAAUGCUUAGAUAUUCUGGUUUCUAUCUAAGUACUCCAGUUUGCAUAUCUUCUGAAACCAGGAUAUGAUGUUUACAUGCACAACAGAUAACAGGGAAACUCCAAAAACAAAUCAUAACCAGGAUGCGCAUGAUGUAAACGCACUCAUAGAGAAAUGUGAAUCUUACCCACACAAAAAUAAUUGCCGAGAAGAAAAUGAAACUGUUCUGUAGUGUUGUUAUUAUAUUUACAUUUACUUGAAAACAGACGACUAUCAUCAUUUGUGUACGAAAAAAAACAAUCUUACAAAUGAAUCUUUCUUUACCUAAAGUAGAUAUUUAGCGUCUCGUAUUGGAACACUUAGUUUAUUGAUAAUGGUACUCGAGAGGCUAAUACAGGAUCGCAGAUACAACCGGUGUGAAGUCCAAUGAGAUGGAUUGCUUAGCAAGCGAGCAGAAGAUGCACAGAUCCAUAAAAGAGCAUUUGUAAAUAGCUAUUUGAUUUUUUUCCCUCCUUUUCCAAGUGGGAGUCUAGUUAAAUAAGUUAAAGCGUGUAACAUUGUAAUUACGUUGCAUGUUUUAAAAGAAAUGCAUGUAAAAGAAGAUACAAUUUAAAUACAUAUAUAUAUAUAAAGUAUUUAUUACAUUUUAUUAUUAUUAUUAUGAGUUGCUCUUGAGAAGAUACAUGGAUAUUUGAAACACUGUUCCUGUUCAGAUGGUUAUGUGACACUGCCACCUUUCCAACACAUGUAAUGUUUUCCAUCACCCACCUGUAGCGUGUGGAAAUGGGUCACUAGUGAACUGUGACCAUGUGUUUUGUGAAGUUUACAAGCAGAGAAAAAUAAUCAAAUGACUUUUCACCAUUUGAUGUGAUUAAAGAUUAACACACA